CCCCGACCUCUCAUCGCUACCUUAUAUGGCAGCACCGGGGUCAAGUGGAGAAUCCGGAAGCUAACGCAUGAAGCGAGGUUAAAGCGAGCCGACGCCUACUUCACUCCACGUUCUGUCGCCAGCACGCAGCUCUCUUGUUAACUGUUUUGAGCGAAGUCUUUCAUCCCCGACACAACCAUGCCUAAAGGAUUAGUGAAAGCCAAGAAAUAUGACUGGAAAGAUUCCAACAUGGCCCUCUUUGGCUCCGACACGGAAAAGCAGGUCAAAAAGGAGUCGGCAGAGACAGAACCAGCAUGGCAGGGAGCGGGGCAAGAGCCAGGCCUGAAGAUCUGGAGGAUCGAGCAAUUUGAAGUCAAAGACUGGGACCAAAAAAACUAUGGCAGCUUCUACAAUGGUGAUUCCUACAUCGUCCUCAAUACAUACAAGGAGGAGGAGACGGAGGAACUCAAAUUUGAUGUCCAUUUCUGGAUCGGCAAGAACAGCACUCAGGAUGAAUAUGGAACCGUUGCCUACAAGACUGUUGAACUUGACACAUUCUUGGACGAUGCUCCUGUACAGCAUCGUGAAGUUCAAGGUCAUGAAUCAUCCCUCUUCAAGUCCUACUUCCCUGCUGGCAUAAUGACGAUGGAGGGUGGAGCCGAAUCCGGCUUCAACCAUGUGGAGCCAGAGACCUACGAACCUCGCCUCCUUCACUUCAAUGGGAAAGGAAGAAACAUCUCUGUCAGGGAGGUGCCCCUCAGCAAGAAAUCUCUCAGGACUGGUGAUGUGUACAUCCUUGACCUUGGCAAGAGGUUUAUCCAAUACAAUGGCAGUGGAUGUAACAUUAUGGAGAAGUCCAAAGCGAUGGAGUUCCUGGGUAAACUGAAGAACGAGAGAGGAUCCAGUGAUGACACUGUCAUUGACGAGGGUGAUGGAUGUCCUGAGUUUUUCGAUGCACUGUCUGAGGAUGAUAUUGACGAUGACAGUGAUGACGAGGACGAUGGGGAUGGAGACAAGAAACUCUUGAAACUGAAUGCUGAAGGUACCUUUGAUGAAGUCAAGACAGGAGAUAUCAGUAAAGAUGACUUUGUUUCUGAGGAUGUGUUCCUCCUCGACACCCCUUCAGAUGUCUUCAUCUGGAUCGGCUCCGGUGCAUCUCCAGAUGAGAAGAAGAACGGUUUCCCUCGUGCACAUGACUACAUGAAGACCAGGCCCAAGGUGUUCACCCCACUGACAGUCAUCAAGGAAGGGGGGAAGUCAGCAGCCUUCGAGGUGGCGAUCUCUGCAUAAACCACAACUACAGCCAUAUUGGACACCAGAUCUCUUGGACAGGCUGGGACGAGGCUAAGGAUGAGUACAGAUACUCUCUAACCCAGAUUCUUGUCAGUUGGAGGACCAGAAGGAGGAUCUACAAAGUGUGAAGCAUUAUCAUCCAUGUUCUCACACUAACCAAACCAUGGUAUUGGAAUUUCAAGAUCACCAUGACUAAAAUAUUUGCAAAAGAACUGUUUAAUUAAUCUGAUCAACUUUGAUUCUGGGAAUACUGAUGUUACAGCAAGGUCAUAUCCGUUUUUUGGAAAUGACCUUCCGACCUUACAGAAAUGAUCUUUUGUGAAGGUCAUUGGCCUGACUGAGAGAUUCUGGUGUUGAACAUUUUCUGUAUUAAUAGUCUAACGUACCACGUAGCUGCCGCCACAAACAUAUAGCGUAAGCAUUGUGCAUGAAACGCUCUUUAAACAACAAACUGGGUAUUUUCGGAGGAUUUGCAUAAGAAUUUAUCAUUGACUUGAUCAUAUCUGAUUUGUUUCCUACUGUACUUGUGCAAUAGAUCAUAACUUGUUGAUAGUCAUCCUCAAGUGCUGUUUGCUUAACCUGACUGAAAGAACUUUAUUGUUGAAUUCAUUGCAUAUUUCAGUCAUGUAAUAAAUAAUAUGCAUUGCAUAUUUAAGGCUUGUGGAAGAGAAGAAUUAAGAUCUGAAAGAAAGGUAUUUCUUUAAUGAAAAAUAACAACUGCCAGAGUUAUUCUGAAAAAUAAAGACCAUGUUACAUGUGCCUUAAACCUGAACUUAUGUGAUAAAUACAUGUACGUAGUUAUCUUGUAACUUGUAUUUGUAAGUGCAUGUUAUCUUAUUGUUAUGUCAUCAUGUAAAAGUUAAUGCUACCCAGGUCCUUUCAUAGUACACUUAAACCACACACUAACAUAUGACCUUCUGUCUAUCUGCUUAUGUUACCUAUGUUCUCAGGACUACAAAACAUAGUAUUGAAACAAAGUCUGGAAUCCACAAAUCUGUUUCUUUCCUCUUGAGACUGCAGAGAGCUGUAAAGAAAUGCUCUUUCUUUAGUGGGGACUUAUGGUAAAGGAUACAUUUUGGAGAUAAUUUUGAUAUAUGUAUUUUCUGUAAUAUUUUGACAUUCACACUGUGUUUGAAUCAAUUGACAAAACAUCUUCUAAGAAAUUUAAGACUUUACAUAGAGUUAAUUUCAUUUAACCCAUGUCUGUUAGCCCUGUGCAGAUAGCUUGUAGCUUGCCUUUUUUAAAUUAGAACAUGACAGACUUCUGUAGGUUGUUUUUUUUCAUUUAUAGCUCUGUAUGUUAUUGUUAUUGUGAGCAAUUUAUUUUCUUCCUGACGUAUUUAGAUACAAAUAAAAAAUACUCUGUU